AGGCGGGGCGAGACCCGAGCACCGCCCCGGUAACGGGAGGACUCGCUGCCGCCGGGCUCGGUGGAAGGAAGGGGUCGUCAUGGCGCCGUUGCUGCUGCUGUUCCUCCUCACGUUGCUGCCGGCCGCCGCUUACCUGUGCUGCGUGAGGCGGCACACGGGCAGCGCUGGGACCGUGCUGCAUCGCCGGCAACCGGGCCGGGCCGAGGCGAGGGGCCGCAGCCCGCCUCGGGAUCCCUGGGCCCCGCGGCUGUGCGGCUCCGGGCUGCGCCUCUUCGUCCAUGUGGCUAAUACGGCUUUUGGGCAGCUCUGCUUACUGCCGCUGUUAAUAAGGCUGAACAACUUCUCGCUCAUGCGUUCACUUGACAUUCAUGAAGAUCCCACGUUUAUCCCAGAGGUUGCUGCGGAGGUUACAGAAGACAAGUCUGAAGCUAAAAGCACUCCGGAUAUUAUCGAGCAGCUGAUAGAUGCAAGGUCUGAUUCUGCUAGCGAUGGGUUUAGCUUCAAAGGGAUCAAAGACUACCUGGACUGCUACCGGAGUGAGAAGCUGACGCCAUCUCAGGUAGCAAAGAACAUCAUUGCCAUGUUGGAGGACUGCGACAAAUCCACGCCCCCACUCAGAGCGAUAGUGCAAUGGGACCAGGAGCAAAUAAUGCUGAUGGCUGAGGCCUCCACUGCUCGUUACAGAAAUAAGUGUACGCUGUCUUAUCUGGAUGGCAUCCCAGUGUGUCUGAAAGAAGAGUUCAAAGUGGUACCUUACCAUCACCGAGUGGGAACAGUGUAUCUUGGGACGGAGCCCGAAACAGAAGAUGCUACUGUGACCAAGAAGCUGCGAGAGGCUGGGGCUAUCAUUAUUGGGGUCUCAAACAUGCACGAACUAGGGACUGGAACAACUGGAUGCAACCCUAACAGGUACCACAAGAUCCCUAGGAAUCCCUACAAGCCUAACCACUUCACAGGUGGGAGCUCCAGUGGGUCAGCAGCAGCUGUAGCAGCAGGUCUCUGCCCAGUGGCUAUUGGCACAGAUGGAGGUGGCUCUGUGAGGAUUCCUGCUUCGUUCUGUGGUGUGGUGGGCCUGAAAGGUACGUUUGGGCGGAUCAGUUCUCAAGGCAGCUUGCCACUCUCCUACUCCACAGUCAGCGUAGGCCCUAUUUGUACCUCAGUGGCAGAUGCAGCCAUUGUUUACAGUAUCCUUGCUGAGCCAGAUCCGCUCUAUCCAUAUGGACUAAAACAGCCCAAAGCAACCCUAUCUGGUAUGUGUGCUCCUGACCUGAAAGGCUUAAAACUGGGAGUGGACUGGACGUUUUUUAAGGCAUGUGAUGCUGAAGUCCUGUCCAUCUGUGAGAAAGCUGUGGAGCACCUGCAGAGUUUGGGAGCCAGUGUGGUUGACGUGUCUCUUCCAGAGAUGGAGGAAGUGCGAGUAGCACAUGUAAUCUGCAUUCUCAGUGAGAUGAGGGAUUUCCUGCAGCCUGACUUCAAUAAACACUUCCACGAAAUGAAUUUGGACACUCGGGCUAACCUGGCCUUGGCUUCUCAGUUCACAGCUCUGGAUUAUAUUACGGCAAAUCGACAGAGAACUCGGAGCAUGAGAUUUUUGCGAGAGAUCUUCACCACUGUGAACUGUAUCCUUACACCAGCUGUUGCUUCCACUGCCCCAAGAAUCUAUGAAUCUGACCUCUCGACUGGGAGCAGCGAUUCAUCAUUCACAGUCCGGUCCAUGAGGUUCAUGCAGCUUGGUAACUUCACUGGGAUUCCAUGCCUUGUGGUCCCCAUUGGAUAUUCUACUGCUGGGCUUCCUAUCAGCUUCCAGGUCAUGGCAAAAUGGUGGGAUGAAGCUGUUCUUCUGAGAAUUGGCCUGAAGCUAGAGCAGUUUCGUUACCAGACAAAAAAACCAUCCAUUUAUUAUGACAUCCUUGCAUGAUAGAGUGGCUAAGAUAGGGACUAAUUUUUUUUUUUUUCCUAGUCUGACCUGACCAAGUAUUAGAGUGGACUUGUUUUCAAUGUUCAUCUGAAUAAGGCUUAGUAGCAGCCCCAUUUGAGGAAUGGGGAGGAACACUGAUCUAAGCAGCCACUGAUGCUGAGCAGGCAUCCUUUCUGCUCCCUGUUCGUUACUGGAUGGCCCAGUUUACACUGGGGAGACCAACCAUGCUAGCUAGUUCCUUGCUGUGUUUUCGCCAAUAAGGGGAAGCUGCAACUAUCUUCUGUGACUUCUUUCUGUGUAGCGGUCCUGUGUAAACAUGGAAUACAGCCGCAUCUACAGGACUGUAUGUGGGCAGUUUGUACUACUGUGCAUGGAAAGGUACAAUCCCUAGCCCUUAUACCUCACAGAACUCCUCCAGGAUAUAACAAAGGUACUAUUUUGAAGGGGAGAGGCAGCUUCCCUUAAGAAAUAAUGCCUAGCUCCCUUGGAAAGAGGAGGAUCUUAACACACCUGCCAAUUAGGUAGUGUGUGUUGUGGCCCCUUACUUAGUCCCUCAAAGCAAAAUAGAAAGCCUAGAGCUAUGGAAGUGUCACUGUGCUUCUGUCCCUUACGCUGCAAACAGUGUAAGGUCAGUCUAACCGUUGCACAAGGUCUGGUUGUGCUCACUGCAUGAGUAGUCCUACCUAACUUCAGCCUUACAUGCAAGGGGAGGAAAAAGUACAGCAUGAACCUUCAUCAACUCUGUGACCCAAAGCCCUGGUUCAGGGUUCUGGCAUUCUGUUGCACAUCUCUAUUUCCCAAGCUAAGCCUUGGAGAGCCUCUUUUGUCCCACUGGUUGCUUAAGUAUAAGCCUACUAUCAUUUAGGUGUGUAAAUGGAAGAAAUUAUCUGGUAAUGCUGUGAAGUAUUGCUUAAGGGGUGCUAAGACAGCUAUUACAAACAGGUGAAAUUUGUGUGGUACUGAAAGUAGGAAAUGCUACUGAGCUACUGCAAGAGCUCAGGGACACCUUAUUGUGGCCUUUCAGUACUUAAAGGGGGCUUAUAAGAAAGAUGGGGACAAACCUUUUAGGAAGGCCUGUUGUAAUAGGACAAGGGGUAAUGGUUUUAAACUAAAAGAGGGUAGAUUUACACUAGAUACAAGGACAAAAUUUUUUGGUAAAACACUGGAACAGGUUGCCCAGAGAGGUGGUAGAUGUCCCAUCCCUGGAAACAUUCAAGGUCAGGUUGGAUGGGGCUCUGAGCAACCCAAUUUUGUUGAAGAUGUCCCUGCUCACUGCAGAGGGCUUGGACUAGAUGACCUUUAAAGAUCCAUUCCAACCCAAACUAUUCUAUGAUUCCAAGAGUUGAAGCUGGGUGCAAGAAAGGUGUCGCACAAAGCCAUGUGCAGCAGAGAGCCUGCUCUAGAUUAGAGGGGGAUUGGCUUCUUAUCCCAAAUGUGCUUCCUGAAGCAAUCAAGGUAGAAUUAAGACGCGCAUUAAAGGUGAGGGUAUACUACAUAAAGCAUGACAUUACAAGAGAAAAAGCUAAAGACUAUACUCCUACAAGAAUAGGCUCUAAGCCACAGUAUUGUGUUUCACUGGAAGGCCCCUGACUGUAAACUGCCAAGUACCUGUGUCCUGCCAGCAGCACUAGGGCCACAUGAAAGAUAAGAAAAGGCCUAGGAGUAACUAAAGCUAAGCAUUUGUGUUUGUUUUGGAGUAGCUUAGGAUGCUCAGAGGCAUCUCCUGUUGCCUACCUUAUCAGGUAUCCUGGGCUUGUGAUCAGGCUGCUGGAGAAGCUGUCCUACAGACAGGAGCAGAGAAGAUCGCUGUAUUCUUAGCUUGGAAGGAAAGAAGGAACAGAAAGUAGUUGCAGUUUCUCCCAAACUCUGUAUAGUUUGGGGGUUUUUUUCCCCCCAUACAUACCCACUCUUUAAAGAGAGCUAGCACUUUAGCCAUUAGUAAAGUUAAGUCAGAUGGCAUCUGAAUGGAAGAAUGUUGCAUUGCUGUGUCCUCCUUAAUUACUGGAGUUAAAGCAUGAACUCCUACCAUCAGCCGUCACCAGCAUCCACAGUUAAAUUAAUUAUAUGGUUGAUAACUGUCUUUUCAAUUCUUCCAUGUGAUACUGCCACAACUUUUUUCACUGGAUUCUAGUAUAGUUCAGCUUUAUGAAGCACAGUUUAAAAGCAAAGUAUUUCCUCUGUUACUAAUGAUAAGUUAUUAAACUUUACCAACAUACCUUAGAGUGAAACACCGCUGAAAUGCAUUGUAUAGCAAUAAGAGAGUUGGUAAGUGUUUGACAAGAAUAAAUUUCUGCCAGGAACAUUA